UUUCGUUCGCAUGUUUGAGUUUAAAUCGAUUGCUCGUCCCCGGGGCAGUUCAAUUCCCCUUGCACGAAAUUACCUGCACGUGUGGGUUAUCUUAUGCCAAAUAAACGAAAAACGACGCGCUGUUUAUCCCUCGAUUCACUCUUUGUGGGUUGCAGAGGCUAAUCACAACCACAGUAAUGAGAGAAUGUUAUUUCACGGUAUGUGAUUACUUUGCAGUAAUUUUUUGAUAACAGUCACUUUUUUUCUAAAGUUAAGAGUAAAUCAUCAUCAAACAAUUCUUACUUUUCUUUUAGGGUCGGCAUUUAUCAACGCUAUUCUACAAAAGGGAUUCGAUGAACGUCAUGCUUACAUUGGAGGGAUGUUUGGAGCAGGUGAUAAUUUUUUUUUUUUUAAUCGAAACAACAACACUUUAUAGCGUGCAUUUCAAGCCUUCAGUGAGGCAGUCCUAAAAAUAAAUAAAAGUAUAAAAGUAUAAAACGUACCCAAAACUAGCUCUUUAGCUCUGUCGUACCCCCUUCUACCUCAGUCAAUUUUUCUUGCAACUUGUCUUAUGCGCCGCUGCUAUAAAAAUUCCCCGAGAACGCGUUGCCUAAUAUAUCACCCCCUGAAAUAACCAGGUGCAACGUUUGCGUUGGACCAAGCCUUGAAGGAAGUUGGACUUGUUUCUUCUUGUGGGAUGCUUGCUGUAACAAAAACUACCAGGCAAAUUGCAGGGGCUUUAAGAGGAACUAACACAGUCAUUUGUGCAGGUAUUUACUUUGCGGAGAACUCUUCAAAGAGCAAUCAGUAUGUGUAUGGUAUUGGUGGUGGAUCAGGCUGCGCUCUACACAAGGACAAGUCCUGUUACUUAUGCGAAAGGUAACAGCUCAAGUUAUUUAAAGGAUAUUUUUAAUAGAGAAGUAUAACCUGAACUUCAGAGGUAUUAAUGGUAUUGGUGGUGGAUCAGGCUGCGCUCUACACAAGGACAAGUCCUGUUACUUAUGCGAAAGGUAACAGCUCAAGUUAUUUAAAGGAUAUUUUUAAUAGAGAAGUAUAACCUGAACUUCAGAGGUAUUUGUAGAGCACAGUAUUUAUCAGCUAAACCAACUGCACAAAAGAGCGCCAAGCCUGCAGGAAAGCUGUCCACAAAAAAUUCGCGCGAGCGGAAAGCGAAAGGAGAAUGGCCCCUCGCGGGCGCGCAUCGCUUGUUACUCGAAAUGGAGAGCUUGUCCGCCGGCUGAAGGGCGCUCGAUUUUCCCCUUUCUUAGGGCUCUUGAGUUUCGAACUUCCACCACGCAGGCUACUGUGAAUGUCUAAAAGCAUUGGCAGGUUUGGGAGAAUUAAAAUUAUGAUCAAGUAGAACACCUUGUAUUAGAUCACCCUUCCAGAAUUGUAAAAUGAAAAUAUCUCCAUAUCCACUCCACUCAAUGUUUUUCCAUAAUAAAUUAACAACCACUGAUUGGGAUUCUUAAGCCACACUUCUUAUGGCUCAGUUUAUAAGUAAUUAAUAAUGAUUUAUAUGAAUGCCAUCUGAUGUGAAUUUGAAUCCAAUGGAAGUUUUCAUUCUAGUUCGUAUCUUAUCAAUGCAAUGUUUUUUAACUGGCAGGCAACUUCUUUUAUGUCGUGUUGCCCUUGGUAAGCCAUUUUACCAGUUUUCAGCCGUCAAGAUGGCGCACGCACCUCCCGGUCAUCAUUCAGUUAUUGGACGUCCCAGCUCAGAUGGGCUGUCGUUUGCCGAAUACGUGGUGUAUAGAGGGGAACAGGUAUGUCAAGAGCUGUGUUUUCUUUUCUCGUUGCACUUGUGGCUGUCGUAUAAGAGAAUGUUAGAAGCGUCGUGGUUUGCAAUCAUCCUGGCUGCCAUAAGGACUAGAUGGAUUUUAAGAGAAAAGGUGGACUGCAAACAGUCUACAAUCGAUUACAUUGGGUGCGACUUUGGCAUACAUUUUUGGGCCAGAAUGACAAAAGCUAAAUUUGCAUGCAACAGAAUCUUCAUACCGUCCAACCUCUGCACCGUGAGGCUUGCUAAUUUGUGGACGCAUCAAAGUCGUCCUUCGCGAUAAAUUCGUAGUUUCCUUUAUUUAUUGAAGUUUUCAGUGUUGUCCGCGGGGAACAGGCGCUCCACUGACAUAAAGCACAGACAUUUGGAGCGACACACGUCAACCGGAGGUGAGAUCUAUUCCCUCUUAAUAUGCCUUGAGGCUACCACAUUUGUAUGUGUUCACUCUUAUGCACACGAUCUGCCUUAAAAUUUGGGCAAACCGCUGUCCAAGGGUGCAAAAAAAGCCACCUCGGUUUACGUGCGUCGCCCAGACACGUCUUGGAUUAAGCUUGUUGAUAUGAGCUAUUCAAAAAAAUGUAAAUACAGGAUUUGGUUAUAAUAAUAUGAUGCAAGUGUCUUUUUUUUUUCAAUCGAUGUGCCAUUUGCUUAAUUAUCUGACACACUACCUACUUGUUUCCUUUGUUGUUGUUUACAGGCGUAUCCAGAAUACCUUAUCACGUACAAGAUUGUUAAACCCUCCAACGCUGAGGCAUCUCCAUAA